UUAAAAUUUAAAAGCUUUGCCCUUUCACCCUGUCGCAGAGUCGCCUCAUAAGCCACAUGCAUUUUGAAUGUUAGUCAGGUCAGGUGCCUUAUCAGAAUCGAAAUUAUUGGCGUCUUAACUCUUUCCUUGCAUUUCAAUGUGUUGUACAAAUACUUGAACACUUGUUUAGUUUUUCACAGCAUGCAACAACUCUUUUUGUCAAUCGUCCUAUCAUCUUUACUUCAUGUUUACUACUAGUCCCGAAUUCAGCUUGUUUCUACAACCUGUGUACAGGAGAAAGCAUAACGGUUUUUAGGGUUCUUCGUGAAAGUGAACCGUCGUAAUGGCAGAGCUGAUGGAAAUGGACGAUGAACUGCAGUUCGAGGAGAGCGUGGCGGAUCUGCCGGUGGAGAAGCGGCAGGAGAUUCUGCUACUGGUGAACUCUGGCUAUUCGCGGAAGGCCAUCGCUCGGCAGACGCUGACGCCGGUGGCUACUAUCGAGCAUCUGGUGGCCAACCGCUUGAGUCUUCUGGUGGAGAGCGACAACGAUGAAGAGGAUGACGAAGAUGACCAGGGAUCCGAUGAGGAGCCGCAGUACUCCGACGUGUCCGAAACCAGCUUCACCAAAACCCCGCCUAACAAUGAAACGACUGAGUCCAAGCAGCCGUCGGAGCCCGCGAGUGAGGCCAAAGAGACACCGGAAGCUCUGAUUCUACGCCUGUUCGAUGAGGGACUACCUCAGAAGACCAUUAUGGAGCGCGCGGGCAAAUCUUACACCACCGUGUGCAAAGUAGUGGGCGCCGCCGGCAAGAGCUUCGCUGACCGAUUGAGCCGGCAACCUCGUAAUCCCCGCAAGGCCUCCCAGCGCGAGCGCAUGCCUACGCCGCGCGUCCAAGAGGACAUCGUGGAGCUCUUCGACAAAGACUACCCACUCGACCGCAUAGCCAAGCGCCUGAAGACGGCGGAGAACACAGUGCGGUAUGUGCUGUUCAUGCGCGGCAAGAUUACCGGCAGCAGCCUGCGUGCCACUCCCGCGCAGAGAGAAGCCAUCCGCACGCUGUAUAAUCAGGGGCAGUCCAUGGGAAGUAUUGCUGAACAGCUGGGCAUCACAUUGUCCUUGGUCAGCCGGGAGAUUUUCUUACAGUCAGCGUCACGGACAAAUCCAGAAAUUCCCGCUGAAAUUGAUGCGGAUGCGAACAAUUCUGCCGCACUCCACGCUAAAGAAUCAGUUGUUGAUGUCAGCAUCCUGCCGACGCACCGUGCAACCGUUGCAGUCGAAACCAUACCCCUCUCGCUGGCGCCAGCAUCGAAGCACCGAGUCCCAAUCGACGAAAGUUCUACUGUGGAAGGCAGUGACUGUUUGCAGGUUUACUUGGAAUCGGUGUACGGUCCGUUGGUUAACAAUGAUAAUUCCAAUACUGUUCCAACCGCUAUUGAAACAGUAACCACAGAAGCAACGAACCGUGCCGAUUUGGAUCCAGGUUGCAAGGUUUCACAGUUCACGGCCGCAGCUAUGGACAAUAUUCCAGUCAUUGUUGCUGACAUGGCAGUGAGUCCAGUGACGGCUGUGACUGACCUCGAUGAUGGUCCCAGCGUUAGAGAAUCCACAAUCGAAAUCACCGGGGAUCUCUCCAUUACCAUAGAUCCAAUGGAAUGUGCAGUGACGGAUGCCGUAGUUAAUGCCGAUUCCGACGCUCCCAGUACGUCGCAGGUCACCGACCAGGAUGAUCUCCCAACCGGCCUCGAUCCAGUACUGGCUCCACUAGUGGAGCCACGGGUAAUCGAUGCAGAGAUCCCUAUUAAAUCCGGCGAUCUCCUUGUGACGGAAUCUUCAGAAGAAUUUGUCAGUAGUUUGUGGACCGGCGCCGUCCCAAUACCCGACGUGACAACGGGCCAAGCGGAUGCUUUCGAGACGCGUGCGGAUGCCGUCCGAGUGUGCAGUAAUGGGGAAGACGGCGCGAAACCGUUGGAUGCGGGUUGGCUUGAAAAGGAGGCCAUCUGCGAGGACGCAGCCCGAAUGGAAAGUGCCGAAGCCUACAUACGAUUGUACAGCGCCGUUAUGUUCGACUAUAACAUAGAAGCACUGACUAACGAACACCCCAGCGACGUCGCUGCUGCGAUCGGCCACGGCACUGACCAGAAUGGGGUUGCGGCCUACCAGGUGUUACAGGAUAACGCUGCCGGACGCUGUGACAACGUCGCCGCGAAACAGUGUCUAGAUGAUACUUUCGCCACAACAGCCGUUGGUGUUCCGCGAUCCGACUGUUUGAAUAUCAGUGACAUCGCAGCAGACUUUGCGCUGCUUUAUCAGUACGUAUCGACACCGGCAAUCGCGGACGAAGCCGAUAAAAUGACAUCGGAAUGCGUCACAAGGACUUUCGGCAACGAAAACUAUAGCCUGGCAAUCAGCGGAAAGGAAACGGAAACGACCCACGACAUCCCGGCCAAGUACCGAUGUGACCUGUGCCAGUUCUAUUCGGUGGAUGAAACGCUCUUCGUCUCGCACCUGCUCAAUCAAAACCACGCGCUUUUGGCCGCUCACCAAGUCGUGCUUCGCUGCAGCGGCUGUACCUUUCAAACGCGCCAGCCUAAGAAAAUGGCCGGACAUGUCGCCACCUACCAGUUCCACGCGGUGUCCAAUGAAACACACCGCCACGCGAUUAUCGCCGUCGACUGA